AUGACAAAGCCAUUGAUGUUUCUCCCUAUUCUCUUGCUGGCCGUUACUGCUGUUUCCAGCGAGUCUCUAAAAUGGUUCGGUGACCCACCCAUCUGCCCUGAAUUUCCAGAGUGUCCCCGUGGGAUGUAUCAAAUAUGCUCUGCCUCAAAGCAACAAGAAGCUGAUGAACGAUGCCCGCCUGAUCUUUGCCCAUCUUUUGGCGACAAUUGCGACUUUGGUGUGAAGACAUGUUGCUUCCAACCCUAAGCGGAUUGCUGACAAUAUAAGUUUGGAACGACCAAGGUCCAGGCUUUUUAUUUUACUCUCCUUAGCCAAUGCAUUGUGAUAAUAAACUGUGUAGGAG